GUAUUUGCUUUUGAAAUUAUAUAUUUUAAUAUCCACCAUAAAUGACUUAUGAUAAAACAGUGUUGGUCACGGGAGGAGCAGGAUUUAUCGGGUCUAAUCUUCUCAGAUCAUUAAUCCAUAAGUACCCUUCCUACUUUUUCUUGUGCAUAGAUAAGUUGAACUACGCAUCAGUUGACCUCAAAACCAUCACUGCUACUAAUUUCAAGUUUGUCAAGUUGGACUUAACAAACUUACCAGAUGUCAAAAGUCUGCUUGAUGUGCAUAAAGUGACCGACAUUCUCAACCUUGCGGCUGAGUCUUGUGUUGACAGAUCAUUUGAAUCGCCUUUAUACUUCACCACCAACAACAUCCUCAGUACUCAAAACAUAUUGGAGUAUGUCCGAGUCAAUCCCCACAUACGUCUAGUUCAUGUAUCGACAGACGAGGUAUACGGAGAACAAUUAGACACCAAAAAGGUCGAUGAAACCGGUAAACUCAACCCCACCAACCCGUAUUCGGCUACAAAAGCAUCAAUAGACCUUAUUAUCAGAGCGUACGAAUAUUCAUUCGGCCUAAAAUCCACCAUCGUGCGGCCCAACAACGUCUACGGCCCCGGCCAGUACCCUGAAAAGAUCAUCCCGAUGGCCCUCCACAACCUUAAACUUGGAAACCCAAUCUUGCUACAUGGAGAUGGACAUCAUAAACGGAGUUAUCUUUACAUUAGUGACUUCAUCGAGGCGCUCGACCUCAUCUGGCACCUGAAUCUAUACGGCAUAUACAACGUGGGAUCUCCCCAUGAGAUUUCAAAUCUCGAGCUCAUCAGAUUGAUUUUGCAGCUUCUGCAAAGAAAAGAGCCAAUAGACACCUACGUCAAGUUCGUCAAGGACAGAAACUACAACGAUAGCAGGUACCUCAUAGACUAUAAGAAGCUUGGGGAGUUGGGGUGGCAGGCUCUGGUGGACUUGGAGACUGGUCUUAGUCAGUUGAUUUAGUUAAUUAACUGUUUUAUCUUGCUGUCAAAAUGCGGGUUCUUGAUGGGCAUAUCGAUUGAAUAAAACGGGUCUUUCAUCACGUAGUCGGAGUAGAGAACGUAUAGAUCUUUGAACAACUGGUUGGCGAGCUCAAGCUGGACGUUCAACUCGCCUCUACCCAAGUUGGUGGUAGGGAUGGGGCUGGUCACCACAAUAAACUUGAUCCCUGUCAACGUUUGAAACACGUACAAGUUGAAGUGGUCGGUCUCAAUACUCUGGAGGCCAGACUUGUUGGUGUUGGGGCCGCUCAAGCGACUGGCGGGGAUAUUGGUGGUGUUGGGAUCAUGGCUAUGGAUCAUGGACGUGGUGAAUCUGGAGGUGAUGGCGUGCACCCCGUGCAAUGUUCCCGCGAGAACCAAGUAGUCGUUGGCAGUGAGCUUGUUGACGCCUGGAUGUCGGUCAUUGUCGCUCUGAUAGAUCAAUCCACCUGCUUUAUUGAGAAUGUAAAGGGAGUACACUGCCAUUGAGGAAU